AAAAUAAAUCUUAAAGAAGAACAAUCAUGAGUUUCAAUCCUCUUAGGUUUAGUAUAUUUCAUAAAUUGUUCCCUAUUGUUUAGGAGGGAAAUCUGUCUUGGUUUUGCUAAGCUUUAUGGCAUGAACUCAUCACUCGUUCAUGGUAGGCUGGAAUGUGCAUCUUUAAAGGAACAUUUUAUCAAAUGUAAAGUAAUGUAACAAUCAGUUUCAUUUUUUUCCUCUACUAAAGGUCCUUGGUUAUUGGUUACAACCUGUUAAGAAGCUAAAAGGAAAUGAUCAGUAUCAUCGACACUACCGAGUUACCGUAAAAUGGGGAAAGGAGAAAUUUGAAGGUGUGGAAUUGAAUACUGAUGAACCUCCAAUGGUGUUUAAAGCUCAGCUCUUUGCCCUGACUGGAGUCCAGCCAGCCAGACAGAAAGUUAUGGUGAAAGGAGGAACGUUGAAGGAUGAUGAUUGGGGAAACAUCAAAAUAAAAAAUGGACUGACACUGUUGAUGAUGGGGUCAGCUGAUGCUCUUCCUGAAGAACCCUCCGCCAAAACUGUCUUUGUUGAGGACAUGACAGAAGAACAGUUAGCAUCUGCCAUGGAAUUACCAUGUGGAUUGACAAACCUUGGUAACACUUGUUACAUGAAUGCUACAGUUCAGUGUAUUCGUUCUGUACCUGAACUCAAAGAUGCUCUUAAAAGGUAUGCAGGUGCCUUGAGAGCUUCAGGGGAGAUGGCUUCAGCACAGUAUAUUACUGCAGCCCUUAGAGAUUUGUUUGAUUCCAUGGAUAGAACUUCUUCUAGUAUUCCACCGAUUAUCCUACUGCAGUUUUUGCACAUGGCUUUCCCACAGUUUGCAGAGAAGGGUGAACAAGGACAGUAUCUUCAACAGGAUGCUAAUGAAUGUUGGAUUCAAAUGAUGCGAGUAUUACAACAGAAAUUGGAAGCCAUAGAGGAUGAUUCUGUUAAAGAGACGGAUUCAUCUGCAGCAGCAGCGGCGGCACCUUCUAAAAAGAAAAGUUUAAUUGAUCAAUUUUUUGGUGUUGAGUUUGAAACUACCAUGAAAUGUACUGAAUCUGAAGAAGAGGAAGUCACCAAAGGAAAGGAGAACCAGCUUCAGCUCAGCUGCUUCAUCAAUCAGGAAGUCAAGUAUCUUUUUACAGGGCUUAAGUUGAGACUUCAGGAAGAGAUCACUAAGCAGUCUCCAACAUUACAAAGAAAUGCUUUGUACAUCAAAUCUUCCAAGAUCAGCCGGCUACCUGCUUACUUGACUAUUCAGAUGGUUCGAUUUUUUUAUAAAGAGAAGGAAUCUGUAAAUGCCAAAGUUCUUAAGGAUGUCAAAUUUCCUCUUAUGUUGGAUGUAUAUGAAUUAUGUACACCAGAACUUCAAGAGAAAAUGGUUUCUUUUCGAUCAAAAUUCAAGGAUAUAGAAGAUAAAAAAGUGAAUCAGCAGCCAAGUACAAAUGACAAGAAGAGUCCUCAGAAAGAAGUUAGGUAUGAGCCCUUUUCAUUUGCUGAUGAUAUUGGCUCAAAUAACUGUGGAUACUAUGAUUUACAAGCAGUGCUGACACACCAGGGAAGAUCAAGUUCUUCAGGUCAUUAUGUAUCAUGGGUGAAAAGGAAACAUGAUGAGUGGAUCAAGUUUGAUGAUGACAAGGUCAGCAUCGUCACGCCGGAAGACAUCUUGCGGCUUUCUGGCGGUGGAGACUGGCACAUCGCUUAUGUUUUACUCUACGGGCCUCGCAGAGUUGAAAUAAUGGAAGAAGAGAAUGAACAGUAAUCUUCAUUAGCUAUUCAUGCUUAGGUGUGAAAUGUUAUUUGAUCAUUUCUAUAAUCCAGAGCUUUAGAGAAAGACAUUUGGGUGGUUUUCUGUUUCCCCUCAUGUGGAACAAGAGAGCAGAAGCAGACUUCCAAUUUCAAAUUUAAAAAUUACUGAAGAGAAAAUUCCUUUUGGAUUGUGCUGCCAUGUAUAAAAGUGGAUGGAAGACAUUUUUAAGAAAUUAAUUUCUUGCUUUAAUUCAAAAAUAUUCUGAGUUAAAAUGCUUUUCAAUAAUUACAUUGUGGUCAUUUUUCUCCCUGCUUUUUCCCAAGUCCAAGGUUCAGCAAUCAGAUGUUUAUCGCACACCUGUUAUCAUUUGUUGUUGCAUGGUUCAAACCACCACUCAGUAGGUGCCCGUCCUUUGCCUUAUCUAACAUUUUUCCAGGAAGAUGGAAAAAUUAUUGUUCUCCUUGUGUAACUCAGUGCUGCUUUCCACAUCCCAUGGAAACAUGGGUACAAUCAAGUAUUUGUCCAGCCUGACUCAUGCUGGCUUUUCAUGACUUUAAAUUGUGAUAAUAGUACAUUUGAUUAUACAUUGUUUCUCUCUCCAACAUACUAUGGCUUGUACAUUUAACUUUGCAAUGGUUUUGUAGCAAUCAACCUCAAAUGCUGACAGGCUCUGGUGGCUUAUUUUUAGAAAAUGAUGAUAUUUAAUAAAAAAAAAAAGAGGUAUAAACAGCUUUUGACCUCUUUUGUCUUCUGAGUGUUGGAGCUUAGCUAAAGAUGACUGUUUUAAUAUUGUGUAAUUUCUGCAGAUGGUUAAUAUAACUACUGUUAGUGCAUCCAUUUAAAAAAUUUAUCAUCUUUGCCUCCUUGUGCAGUUGUAAUGGCUAUCUUUGGAUGCUGAACGUAGUGGUUUUACUCGGCUCAGUUAUUUAUUGUUAAUUCCCAUAAUCUUAUGUUUUAAAGUAAUGAUGGAAAACACCAAGUGUUUGAGGUAUAAGUUUCUGACUUUUAAUGCUUUCCAGUUGGUCGGUUUUUCAUCUUUAUUUCAGGAGCCUUGGUUGACUGCUAUGGAGAUAAAGGACUGACUAGUAGCUGUCUCGAAUUUUGAGUUAAGUGUGUAAAGUAAAGUUUGGGGACUAUCAUGACAUCUCCUGCCUUGCUCUGCAGAGCAUGACACUGGUAACUGUUACUCUACAAAAUGAUGGCUGUUCUCGCACAUCUGAGCAACGUAAUGGAAUCAGAACAUUAGGGGGUAAGACAUACACCUUUCACAGAAAUUACUUUGUAAACAGCUUCUUUGUCUCAGUAUUUACUUUUUUUUGGCAGUCAAUAUUCCUUUUGGCAUGGGGCAGACUAGAGAGGAUGGAGACACUAAAACUUUAAUGAUUUAUGUUUGUAUGAUGACUGUAACUUUGUAGUCUUUUUCUAUCACAUUUGGAAAUAAUUUUGUUAAUAAAUUUAGCAAUUGGAAUGCAGAUUUUCUCACUUGCUAGAUGUUGUAGCUCCAAGGCCAGGUGAGAUAGGUUUAAAAUCAAGUACGUAAGUCUUGCAUGGAAUGUAUUUGAAUUAUAAAAAUUAAGUCCUUUCAUCAUUAGAAAAAAACUUGAAUUAAAAAAAAAGCAUUAUCCCAAAGAUCUCAUUAAACAAUUGGAUUUACACCAGUCAGUGGUAUUUUAAAUAAGGUGUUUUAGAAUUCAGCCUUGCAUGUAGGGUCUUUAAGAGAAAAGUAGGCAAAACGAGUCUUGAUUCCUGAAUGUGCCUUAUAUGCUGUGUGCCAUGAACACUGAGGCCAUUGCCACAUUAAAGCUGUGCUGGUUCUCUGCUGACACAGUGACAUUAGUCCUGAGCCAAGAGCAUUCACAGGUCAUGCCUGCAGCAGGCUUUCUUCAGAUGACCAGCAGUGGUCUAAUCCUGGAGGGAUUGUUUAUGGGAGAACAGGAAGAACAGAAGAGCCAUGGGUACUGUCCUAGCCAUUAACCUCCUACUGCUUUCACAUACAUCUCAUUUGAAUCUUGUGAUCCCCGAGGCCGAGUUAAGAUGCCAAACCUAUUUUUUAACCUAUUUAUUUUGAAGUUGGGAGUUGGCAAACAUUUUCUGCAGUGGAGCAGAUAAUAAAUAUUUGAGGCUGUACACACCAUAGGUGUCGUAAUUUGUGUUGUGCAACAGAGGUCAUGGUCAACAGGAGUUGGGCACAAUUGGGUGCCAAUAAAAUCUUAAUUAUAAAAACAUGAGAUCAUUUGCUGUCCGCUGUAAAGCAUGAAUAAAUUGAAUAGAGUGGUUUUGGUUUCAGAAAGUGUUAUAUGGGGAUUUUAGGAUACAUUUUCUAAUAGCACACAGGAAACUAAUAAAAAAACAACAUACCCUUACUUAUUUUAUGUCAUUAUAAGUACAUUUUAUUUAAUAAAAAUAUAUUUUGUAUUCCUGAGGUCACUUCAUUUAGGUCAUUUUUCCCACCCCACUGCCCACCAGCCCUGAGGUUUGAGCCAAUGUGUGUUCUGUGGUUCUUGGAGCACCAGCCAACUGUACAACAACUGUUAUAAAAAUGUUUAUUGUUUACCAAAACCAGUGGACCUCUUAUCAAAUGCUGCUUGGUAACAAAAUCUUAUCAGUUUUAAUAAUAAUAAUAAAAAAGAAACAAACAAAGAA